UAGGUCAGAGGUGACAGGUUUUUUUUUUAGAGGAGGUUGACAGCUGUUGCUAACUCACAUUAUUAGGUGUUUUAAAGCUCAAAAUAUGGCCGACGAUCAAGGCGAUGAUGUACCUCCUCUGCCUUGUGUAUGUGUCACAAGUUGUGCUUCCAGCUUUAAAGAAGAGGAGCUCAUCAGACAGAUCUUGGGGACGGAAUCACUACCACAAGCUACCAAAAUAGAGGAAGGAGUUUCUUGGUAUCCAUGGACAAUAAACAACAAGUACUACAUAGCAAAUGUCAGCCUAUGUGUUGUUCCAAGUACAUUUGACAUGAAUGCAGAGGUUGCCCGGUCUAUGCAAGCUUUCAUUGUUUACUUUGACAGCAAAACUAAAGAAAGCCUUAGUAAUGUGAAUUCCUGGUUAUCAAUAGUGGAGGAACUGGCUCCAGAAGUGUUGAUCCUAGUGUGUGACCAUGUGUGUGACAGUGGUGUUGGCAGACAUGAGGCCCAGCAAUGGUGUCUGGCACACACAUUUGAAUUAGUGGAGCUCAACCCUCAAGAUCUUCCUGAUGAGGAUGAUGACUUCCCAGAGUCCACCGGAGUAAAACGAAUUGUGCAAGCUCUCAACGCCAACGUGUGGACCAGUGUCGAGAUGAAAGAUGAACACAGUCAGGGAUUUGGUCUAAUGAGCAGCCUGGUUGCCUCUCGUCACAACAACCCACGACCCAGUCAAGAGACACUGUCCUGUAAUUCCCCAUCCAAUAGUACAAAUGAAGGCACUGAGAGCCAAAGAGCAGAGAAUAACCAAAAUAAUACAGUAGAUACAACAGUUGAUCCCAUGAUUGACAUAGACAUCCAAGAGUUGGCUAAUCUCACAGCUGGAGAUGCAGAUGUGGAGAAUUUUGAACGGCUGUUUACAAAAUUGAAAGAGAUGAAAGACAAGGCCUCCUCCUUGCCACAUGAACAGAGGAAAGUACAUGCUGAAAAGGUUGCUAAAGCAUUCUGGAUGGCCAUUGGUGGAGACCAGGAUGAGAUUGACGGCUUGUCAUCAGGGGAGGAGAGUUAAGGCCAAAGUGUCUCUUAACCAGCUUCCAUUGUUGAUACUCAGCCCAUCCUUGAACCCCCAGUCAUUCCAGUUGUGCCCAGCCCAGUCCUGCCCCGCCAGAAACCAAGAUUCGACCACAGGAACAUGCAAAGAUGCAGGGAGAAAUAAAUGCAAUGGAAAUUUUCAUGAUACUGCUGUUACUGUAAUUACAACACCCAAAACGUCAAUUUGGCAGUGCGCAGGGUCAUUAUGGGCUUUUAAAACAUUAUUAAAUGAGAAGGAUAGGAGGGGUUGCAGUGGGCAAGAUUAUAUAGUUUUGUCUCCACUUUGGUGGUGUCGGUGCAAAUCUGCAGCCCCAUACAUGGAUAAAGCUUUAUCAAGUAGAGCUUUGUGAUGCAACAUGUGCUAAAAGGACAAAACAUUUAAAGUGGAUAGAUUUUAAAGGUGUUUUUCCUUAUUUUUCAAGCUGUAAAUCAGAAUUAUGCCUGAGCAUGUCAUUAGGUCUUCAUCAAUUAAAAGAAUGAUCUGUUGAAUAAAUUUGAUUUUCUUUUGUUUUGUUUUAGUCAGCACUAAAAGGUUGAAAUAAACAUGUUCUUAAUCCAGUUUAAACAUUUAAUUAUUAAAACUUGAAUAACAAAGGUCAAUAAAACAAUGAAAGCAAUGAAACAAGUAAAUGUCAGAAUACAUUUCAGAAAAGAAAAACAAAAGGGAAGAAAAUUCAGGGCAAACAAGAACUAAGCACCAGUUUAAGAAUAACUGAAAGUACUGAAACUAAGACAAAGCAAAUUGUAUUUACUAAAACAAGACUUUAAGAAAAUAAAUGGGAUACUUUAAAAGCAACAUCUCAACAAAAAGACAAAUCUACUAUAAAUAAAAAUCUCAACAGUUCACUGUGUGCUUUGGGCCUGUUGAAAUACAGUGGAGGAACCAGCAAGGUCCAUGGCACCGCUUAUAACACCGGGUUAAUAAAGCAUCACAAUGAUCAGUUGUUCCAAGAAAUAUCAAUUUGAUCAGUUCUCAGACAAUACAAACUGAUUUUCGAAAGCUAAGCAGAAAACUUUGAGAUGUGCAUUGUGUAUAUCUAAAAAUAAGCAGGGUUGGGGAGUAAAGAAAUACAUGUAACGGGAUUACGUAUUUAAAAUACAAAAUAUAAGUAACUGUAUUCCACUACAGUUACAAUUUAAAUCAUUGGUAAUUAAAUACAUUCAAAAAGUAUUUUGAUUACUGAAGAGAUUACUUUGCAUUUUAUUGUCAUUUGUUUCAUUUAAUAUUUAGUCCUUUCAGAUGGAAAACAUUUAUACAUAUAAAUGAUGCGAUCCAAAGUGCAUUUGAACAGCGGUGAAACACUUUCUUAUGAUGUGUUACAUUCAUACGAGCAGACAGAGAAGUAAGUUUGAAGUAAGUUUGGAGCAGAAGAAAUAGAAAUAAACCUUGUGUAAAUUGUCAGCUUUACGUUAAGCUAAAAUACUAUUUCUAGCCAUUUUACAUGCACAUGUUACCAGGCAUGAUCAUAUUUUUUUUUUAUCAAGAAAAUUCACGUUGGAUCAUAAUUUUUUUUCCUUUCUAGUAAGACCUUUGAUAUUAGGGCAAAAAUCAUAUUCUUGAUGAUAAUUUGUUUAUUGUUUUCCUGUAAAAAUAUCUGAAAAUCCUUAAAACAAGAUCAUUUAGAUUGAUCUUGUUAUAGAAACAACACUGUAUAAGAUAUUUAGGUUUUUCAGAGAAUGUAUUUUUAAUGUGUAAUUUUGUCUUACUGUACUGGCAGAGUAUUUAUAGUCAAAACAAGUGAAAAAAUCUACCAGUGCUGAAGAAGUAAUCCAAAGUAUUUAGAAUACGUUACUGACCUUGAGUAAUCUAACGGAAUAUGUGACAAAUUACAUUUUACAGCAUGUAUUCUGUAAUCUGUAGUGGAAUACAUUUCAAAAGUAACCCUCACAACCCUGAAAAUAAGGAGCCAGGUUCAGACAUCACCCAAUAAAUUGAGAAACACACUUACUUUAUGGAUUGCUGAUCUCUCUGUUAUGAAAGGGUUAGUUCACCCAAAAAUGAAAAUUCUCUCAUCAUUUGCUCACCCUCAUGCCAUCCCAGAUCUUUAUGACUUUCUUUCUUCUGCAGAACACAAAGAUUUAUAGAAGAAUAUCUCAGAUCUGUAGGUCCAUACAAUGCAAGUGAAUGGUGGAUAGACCUUUCAAGCUCCAAAAAUCACAAAGGCAGCAUAAAAGUAAUCCAUAUGUUUAUCUAUUUCUUCUGAGGUGAUGCAAUCACUAUGGGCAAGAAACAGAUCAAUAUUUUGAUCCUUUUGUACUAUAAAUCUAUAAAAAUGUAUAGUUAAAAAGGACUUUAAUAUUGAUCUGUUUCUCACCCACACCUAUCAUAUCAAUUCUGAAGAUAUGGAUUUAACCACUGGAGACUUAUGGAUUAUUUUUUAUGCUGCCUUUAUGUGAUUUUUGGAGCUUGAAAAGUCUGGUCACUAUUCACUUGCAUUGUAAGGACCAACAGAGCUGAAAUAUUCUUCUAAAAAUCUUUGUUUGUGUUCAGCAGAAGAAAGUCAUAAACAUCUAGGAUGCCAUGAGGAUGAGUAAAUGAGAGAGUUUAAAUUUUUGGGUGAACUAUCCAUUUAAUAGCACAUCUCCAGACCAUCCAAUGAAUCGUUGAGCUUAAAAAUAUUAAAUCCAGUCAUGAGAAGUCCAAAGCAUACACAUAAAAUAAAAAGCCAAUUUAAAGGUUUGGCUUAAAAAAAAUAAAAAAUAAAA